CACAUGGAGACCGAGAGCGAGCUGUCAUUGUCCAGCGGGGAGGAGGCGUCGCCAUCAGCCGCGAGUAACUGGAGUGGCGGCAACGGGUUAGAUGCGGCGGCCAGCUGCGAUGUGUCGCCUCAGGUGCCCGAAGGCAUCCAGGCGCUGAUGUACCUCAUGUAUAUUGCCGUAUCGGUGGCUGCCAUUGGCAGAAACGGCAUCGUCUGCUACAUCGUAAUCGCCUACCAGCGCAUGCGCACUGUCACCAACAUGUUCAUUAUGAAUCUGGCCAUCGGUGACAUUCUGAUGGCCUGUCUCUGCAUUCCGUUCACGUUCGUGUCCAACCUCCUGCUGGGAUAUUGGCCCUUCGGCGGCGUCAUGUGCGUAUUGGUUACGUACGCGCAAUGCGUGACCGUUUUCAUCUCAGCCUACACGCUGAUCGCCAUCUCGGUAGACCGGUACACAGCCAUCGUGUACCCGCUGCGGCCGCGCAUGAGCAAGCUGCGCUCCAAGCUCAUCAUCGCUCUCGUCUGGCUGGUGGCGCUGGUGACGCCGCUGCCCACGGCGCUCGUGACGCAGCUGGUGCCGCACCCGUGCGCCAACCGCACCUACUACUGCCUCGAGCAAUGGGGGCGGCCCGAGCAGACCGCCUACUACAGCAUGGCACUCAUGAUCCUUCAGUACUUCUUCCCACUGCUUGUACUCAUCUUCACGUACACACGUAUCGCGGUCGUCGUCUGGGGAAAGGAGACGCCCGGUGAAGCACAGGACGCCCGCGACCAACGGAUGGCCGCUUCCAAGAGGAAGAUGACCAAGAUGAUGAUCACGGUGGUGACGGUCUUCAUGCUCAGUUGGCUGCCCCUGAACACCUACAUCUUGCUGUCGGAUUUGGACCCGGGCGUGAACAACUACGAACACAUCCGCUACGUCUACUUCAUCAUCCACAGGUUGGCCAUGAGCCACGCUUCGUACAACCCUCUCAUCUACUGUUGGAUGAAUGCGAAGUUCCGCGACCGUUUCUGCCAGCUGUUCCGGCGCUCUAAGCUCUGCUGGCCCUCCCGGCUGCGCCACCAGCGCCCGCUGCGCAAGGAGUCCGCCGCCGAGGUGGCCGCCCUGCGCCGCUGCAAUACGUACACCACGUACGUGAGCGUGCGCGCCGUGCCGGGAUCCAGCUAUCGCUUCACCAAGGACGCCGCGCAAACAAACGGCAAGCCCAAGCGCUACGAGGACUCCAGGGUUUAA